AUGAUCCAUAAUCUGUUCCCGGACUCGGGUCCUGGUUUCAUCCGAGAAGGUCAGAGGAUGAAACCUCCUCCGCUCAGCCGCUCCGAUGUGAAGCCUCAGUUUGUUCAUCGCGUGGCCUUGAAACCUCCACCCGAAAUCCGCCCCAAAUGCAGAAGUGUGAAACAGAGGUGUGUGAGGACCACCCUGACGGCUGUGAUCUACCUGCUGCUCCUCCUGCUGGUGGCCGGGGUCCUGCUCGCUUAUUACCUGUCCUCGUCCUGCGUGCACGGGAUGCGGUGCGCGGACGGGAGCUGUGUGUGGAGGUCCCAGUGGUGUGACGGGGUGACGGACUGUCCCGCAGGCCGGGAUGAAGCCCACUGCGUGAGGCUGCACGGCUCCGGCUUCCUGCUCCAGAUCUACUCCACCCAGAGCGGAGCCUGGAGGCCGGUUUGUUCACACGGCUGGACCGAGCGGCAGGGGAGGGCGAGCUGCCUGCUCGUGGGCUACAGCCGGGGCACGUAUUUUAAAUCGGGCCAACAGACGAGCGCUUUGGACGACGGCUACUUGAUGGCCAAGUCGGGCUUUGACCCCGAGGCCUCCAUCCUGCAGCAGCUGGUGCUCAGCAAUACGUGUCCCAACAACAGUGCGGUGACAUUGCGUUGUACCGAUUGUGGGCGCAGGGUGAACUCCAGCAGGGCCUCCGGGGGCCAGGCGGCCCCCCCGGGGGCCUGGCCCUGGCAGGUCAGCCUGCAGGUUUCUGGCUCCCACCGCUGCGGAGGAGCCGCCAUCGCCCCCUACUGGAUAGUCACUGCGGCACACUGUGUGGCCAGGGACCCGAACCCCGACGACUGGGUGGUGUACGCGGGGGUCGUGGACCCACUGGGCCCGCUGUUCAACCCCGCGUACCGCGUGAGCCGCGUCAUAGCCCACGAAGGCUUUGACUGGCUCACUCGCAGGAAUGACGUCGCUCUGAUGAAGCUCUCGGAACAUUUGGACCUCGCAGCCUCCAGUAAAAUCAGACCCGUGUGCCUCCCAAAUGUCGGCGUCAGUGCUCCUCAGAGAGGCUGGGUCACGCUAUUCGACCCCACGCCGGAUGGAGACUCUGGCUCCCUCCACCUGACGGAGGCCCGGGUCUAUCUCAUCAGCUCGGCGGACUGCAACGACUCCCUGGCUCACGAGGGCCGGAUAUCGCGGGACAUGCUGUGUGCCGCAGAGACGCAGGCGGGAGCCAGCACGUUCCACACUGACAGCGGCGGCCCCCUGGUGUCCCUGAAGGACGGAGUAUGGUGGCUCGUAGGGGACAGUAUCUGGGGGGGACGCUGCACCGAGCAGAACAAACCCGAAGUCUACGGCAACGUCACCUAUUUUCUGGACUGGAUCUACCAUCAGAUGAGGAAGCAUCAAGAUGACUGAGGACCGAAGACCAACAGCCCGAGAUGCUGUUUACAAUCUUUUAAAUGGACUGUUGAUGCUCAGGUUCACAUAAGAAGCUCAAAUCAAUAAUCUGUUCUAAUUAUCACGAUUUGUGUUAUUUCAUGCAUUAAAGUCUUAU